AUGACCCAUCUGGUAGACCCCAGUGGUGUUCCAGCUGCGCCAGGAGAGUUUGUGCGCAUGUUUGUGUUUCCGGUGCCAGCUGGUGGUCAGGGCUAUGGUUGGCUGAAUGAAGGCAAACAAUCUCGAAACAUUGCUAUAUCAAUCUACCCACCAGACUCUGUCAUAUCCUCUCUGCCAUCAUGGCUUGGCCGAAUUCGUCCUGUUAGUUGGUUGCCUGUUCGUGUCCCCUAUCGCCCAUACGAAGAUUGUUUGCUUCGAGAAGCCAAUGGAUCGGCGUGUGCCCAUUCCUGAGUGAAUAAAUACCCGAUCUGCAGCGACAGAGAAUGGCAGGUAGCGAGGCACAGAUGAACUUCGGUUCGAUGAAGUGCUUAUGACCCUCUGGUAGACCCCAGUAGUGGACAAACUGCGCCAGGUGCGUCUGUGCGCAUGUUCGUCUUUUCGGUCCCAGCUGGUGGUUAAUGUCAUGGAGUGCUGAAUGAAGGCAAACAAGCGCGAAACAGUGCUAUAGCAAUCUGCCCACCAGACUCUGUCGUUUCCGCUCUGCUAUCUGUUGGGAGUGCCUACGCUCCCAAAAACAAGAGCCAACCAAUCUCUGGAGAUCACUUGCGUUUGCUCUCUGUCUACAGCGCUGUCAUCUCAAUCAGGCGCCUUCCCAUUUGCUACCCCCCUCUCCUCGAAGGUCAUUGGACCGAAUGCCGCUUAACCACGCUAGCGUGUGAUAAAUGUGCGUCACCCUUAGCUAGACGGGACUUGCAGUGUGUUCCUAAUACACUUUCUGUGGUCAGCCGUGUGUUCUUUGUCCGCUGCCUUGAUAUUGGGGACCAGGGUCGAGUGAGUAUACGCUCCACGGAAUUUUACGUACCAGGCGGGUCAUAACAAAUUGGCGACGCAGUUUUUCUACUACAAUGGCUGACGAGUACGGAGACUUGAAGCAGAUGUUGCAGCAGCAUCUGAAGCUAAUGGAGGCACUCACCGUUAAGCUGUCCGACUCGUCCAUGGGUCAAUCAAGCACGGCAGGUGGUUCGCAAUCUGUUGAUCACAUUGCCGGCAGCAUCACUGAAUCUUGCAUGACCCGCAGGCCCAUAUCACCUUUGAUUCCUGGUACAAGCGAUAGGAGGACUUGUUCUCUGUCGAUCUGGCUGCCCAGGACGAUGCAUGGAAGGUCCGACUUCUACUUCGCAAACUGGGUCCGGCUGAACACGAGCGUUAUGCCAACUUCAUCUUCCCCAAGAAUCCCCGAGAAGUCACUUUCAAGGACACGGUUCAGACGUUGUCGCAGAUUUUUGGUGAGCAAUCAUCCCUCUUCAACACACGAUUUCAGUGCUUGCAACUGUGCAAACGAGAUUCCGAUGAUUUCAUCACGUACGCGGGCAUUGUUAAUCGUGAGUGUGGGCGUUUCCAACUCGGUUCUCUCACUGAAGACCAGUUUAAAUGCCUUAUAUUUAUCUGCGGCCUCCAGUCCCCCAAGGAUGCUGAUAUCCGGACACGUCUCCUGUCCAAAGUGCAGCAGAACAAUUCUACUACACUCCAAGAACUGGCAGCAGAGUGCCAAUCGCUGAUCAAUCUCAAGCACGACUCUGCAAUGAUUCAGAACCCGGCCUCAUCUUUCUUAGUUCAUACGGUCACAUCGACCAAAUCACAUCCUGUUACACGGUCCAAGCAAGUGUCCAAGUCGAGAUCUCCGCCAUCUCCUUGUCGGCACUGUGGCGCAUGGCAUUUCCACCGGGAUUGCACUUUCCGCCAGCAUCGCUGCCAAAGCUGUAAUCAGGUGGGACACCGUGAUGGGUUCUGCAAAUCAGUACCAGCUUCUGGAGGCAAGCCAGCCCCCGCCACUCCUACUUCCAGGCACCGUUUCCGGUCAAAACGCAAGCCCAAACCCCAGUCCGUGGGUAAUUCUCUCAGUCUCUUGGCCGCUUUCCAGCUCAGUGCGUCUGGUCGUAGAAAGUUUGUUGACUUUUUGCUCAAUGGCCAUGCAGUUCGUCUACAGUUGGACACUGCCUCAGAUAUCACCAUCAUCUCUGAGAGACUCUGGCAGUCCCUUGGCAGCCCAACGAUGCAGCAGACUUCCCAGUCCGCCACAAGCUCGUGCGGUGGUCUCGUUCAGCUAAUUGGGCAGCUGCCAUGCUGUGUGUCGUUCCGCGGUACCAGCAUCACUGCGAUCUGCUACAUCACCCAGUCUGAUCUAAACCUACUUGGUCUCGACUGGAUUGAACAACUUGGGUUGGCCGAUAUGCCGCUCCGCAUUGUUUGCAGUCAGGUGCAGAUUCCAGCAGUGCUUGCAGACCAAGCCAAAGACAUUCUCCAACGGUUUGCUCCAGUGUUGCAAGACGGCCUGGGUCAUUGCACAUACACUCAGGCCGUGCUACAUCUGUCUCCUGGAAGUCAACCAGUCUUCCGUCCAAAGCGACCAGUCUCAUAUGCAGCCCUACCACUUGUCGAGGCUGAACUGAAACGUCUAGAGGAACUGGGAGUUCUAGUUCCUGUAUCCUACUCCGCCUGGGCCGCUCCAAUCGUUGUGGUUAAGAAGCCCAAUGGCUCGAUUCGCAUUUGUGCUGACUUCUCCACCAGUCUCAAUGCCGCGCUGACGCCGAACUGCUAUCCACUGCCCGUUCCGGCUGAUCUUUUCACCCUGCUAAAUGGUGGCACUUGCUUUGCCAAGUUGGAUCUCGCUGAUGCGUAUCUGCAGAUCGAGGUCGCCCCAGAGUCGCGCGAAUUGUUGACCAUCAAUACCCACCGCGGUCUGUUCCAACACACCAGGCUGCCCUUUGGUGUCAAGACCGCCCCGGCCCUAUUCCAACAAACGAUGAACGCAAUGCUCUCCGGCAUCCCUGGCACAGCUGGGUACCUGGACGUCAUCAUCAUCGUGGGUCGCUCCCCUGCCGUGCUGCAAGACUGA